AUGGAUAAUUUGCGACUGGGAGAACACAUUCCAUCGACAUCUAGUUCUAGAAGCCUUUUCCACCAUCAAACAAGCUCUCCUCUCCCAAGUAAGUUUUUUUUCCCUUGAUUCAGGUCAAUAUUUCGGCUUAAAACGGUUUAAGCUGAAGGUAAAAGUAAAAUUUUUUGAAUAACUCGAAUUUUUCUUCACAUCUGUUAAAAACGGAUAGAGGCUUUGUUAUAAAAAAGGUAAUUUUCGCCCAUUAAAAAAGAAGAAAAGGGGUUACUUUGAUGGAAAUGAUUUUCCUAUUGGCGAUAUGAGAAGAAAGAGAAAGAAUUAAAGAAAAUUGAAUCUUUUUGUGUAAUAAUUGCCAACGAAAAAGCUUUUUUCCAGUCCUGGGCCACGGCGUCGCUGUAGAUGGUAUCGGGUCACCAACUGACCAGGCGUACACUCCUCCUGGGAUACUAACCAAGUUGGAUACCAUCAAAAAGAGUUCGCCCUAGUUAGUUUCCUUUUUUACUUGUAAACCCGACAAAGAGCCAUUCUUGAAGAAAAUCGAGACAAAUAACGAUCUAUUUCUCUUUAUGUGGUUGAGCAAGCUAUCAAGUUUUUUUUUUCAGCGUCAAACUAGAGACGAUGUCGUGUUCGAGUUGCGGGAAGAAAGUGACCUGCUUUUGCAAAAAGUGUACAUUAGAGAAAUGUAUGGUUUUUCUCUUGUUUAAAUAAUCUUGGACAUUUUAGUAAGAUUCUAUUCGCGAAAAGAGAAUAUUUACAAUAAAACAAGCGAGAAAAAACGAUUGGAACGGAGCAUCGAAGAGAUUUUGAAAGAUGAGGUUGAUUUAAAACUUUGCAGAUAUGAUGUUAAGUGAUAAUUUUCAGGCGGCUGUAAGCGCAGAACAAAACAAAACUCACGAGAGAAUCGCGCGUUUGAAAAAAGAAUUGCAAAAUGUUCGCCACAGGGUAGAACUCAAAAAAGAAAAACUUCGAGGAUUGGAAAAGGUGGCCCCGAUUCCCCGCUUUGAGGUUUGUAUAAUAACUACAAAGGUAAUCAAACGUCAAAUUUUUAGGAGCUGUUCAAAAAACAGGAGGCCAAUCGCGCAAAUAUUUUGGAAAGAAUAGAGAGAAAGGAGGAAAUGCGUAAAUUGAUCGAAACAAAGGUUUGAAUAUUUAUCAGUUUUUUCUCAAGAUAUUUUGGUUCUGAAGGUCGCUGAUUUGCGUCGAGAUUUGUGCACGAAGGCGUGCGUAAUAUUCUCCAUCCAAGAAGUUGACGUCGAGACGGUGGAACAGCAGAGGCAGCCCAACUCCAAGGACCCUCGAGGAAAUAGGUUUGUUUUUUCCUAAACUAGGUAUAGAAAAGUUCAAAAAUAUUGGUCUUCCAGUACUUUCGUGUAAUAGUUUAAUCACUGCGUCUCGUGUUUUAAAAAAAUGCUUGGCUGAAUUUUCCGAAGCGCGAUCCCUCACAAGCUCAAAAUUUUUCUAUGCGUUUUUUAACAGGUAGAAAAUUAAGAAAGUAUGGCAUGUAAUGAGCGAUUUGAAAUUCUUUUUCAUUAUACUAUAGGUGAAAAAUUAUUAGAAUAAUCAAAAAAAGGCAGGUUGGUAGCCUUGAUGAUGGAAAGUAGAAUUUUUAAAAUGAAGUUAAAAUAAGAUAAGACUCGCUAACUGUGAACACCCUAGUUAUUGUUAAUUCGCUGCUAUAUUUUGUAACGGGUAUUUUGAAAAUCGAAAAAGUGCGAAAUGAGAUUCAGAAGUAGUUUCAAGCUAGCAGCGAUCGGUGUAAAUUAUUUCCAUCAAUGUCGUAUUUUCUAGAAACUGGACAGUCAUCGACAAAAACGUGAUGACCGGUCGUCGUUACUUGGUAAUGCCUUUCAAAUUUAAAACAAUCAUCAUUUUUCCUGAAUAGGUUCGGUCAGCCUACGUAAACGAGAAGAUGCGUAUGAAGCUGGCCGAGGCGCUCAGUUCGGGAGCUUUUUUGUCGCUGCCCACGGAUCUACACCCGCCUUUCGCCGCCAUCAUGCACACUGCUCAGCUCGUCCAGCUCUUCAUCUACAUUCUCAACUUGUCUUUGCCUUUUGAAGUCAGUUUGCUCACGAAUCUGAGACACGAAAAGCUCUGAGAGCUCAUUUUGAUAACUACGCAAAAUUUGUGUAAGACUAAUUCAGACUAACGUACAUGCAAUUGCAGACGAAAAAUGAAAUAAAAUAUCUCAGAUUUUUCCAAAAUUUGUGCUGGAGCUUAAAAGUACGAAGUGUGCUUGGCUGAAUUUUUGUCUUGCUUCAUUUAUUUUGAGGUUAUCCUGAAGUUUGUUGUUAUACCAAGAAAGUAAAAAUUUUCCAUUUUUGGAUUUUCCUGUUUUUUUUUUUGGAACACUGCAAUGUUUUCAAAAAAAAAUGUCCUUUUUUGUAUAAUAUAACAAUUGAGGAUAUUUUUAUCAGAAUUUUUCAGCCUUUGAUCAAUCUUUUCCUUGGAUCAAUGAAUAUUUUUCAGAUGUCUCAUCGAGAUUUUUCUCUUCGCGAAAGAUGGUCCAAAGAAAUUCUGGAACAAGAAUGGUUGGAAGAAGUUGAAAAGCUGUAAAUUUUAAUCGGUUUGCAGGCAAACGUUAUGUGAGGCGGUGAUUUGGCUCUGUCGCCUCGUUGGAAUGGACGAAACGCCGUUGAAUCCGUCGGAACCACUUUCCAAUCUCAUUUUGUUCGCAAACUAUGUGGUCCAAGACCGAGAGAAUAUAACUAAAAUUGAGGUCUCUUUUCUGAAAGAUUUUUCGAAAUCAAUUUUCAGACUUAUCCGUUAUCGCACGUGGCCAGCUUCCAGGGACUUUCAUUGCAGCGUCAGGAUUCCGAAGUUAAAGAUGAAGUCAGUUAGGAAUUCUCAGAUUGAAUCAAUUUCUUGAAUUUUAGGAAGACGAGUCGUGGAUCGUUGUAAAUUGA